CAUAACUGCACAUUAUAUGGAUGCUGAUUUCAAGCUUAAGAAGAAAAUCAUUAGUUUGAAGGAAGUCAAGUAUCCUCAUACCGGCUAUGCUUUAGAAGAGGCUAUUGUAAGCAGCCUAACCGAGUGGGGUUUAAGGGAGAAAAUACUUACUUUAACCUUAGAUAAUGCAGGCAACAAUACCAAGGCAUGUGAACUAAUAGUACAGCAUCACAAGCAUGAGUUGUUAUGUGAGGGAGCACAUCUGCAUGUUAGAUGUUCUGCACAUAUUUUGAAUAUUCUAGUUCAAGAUGGAAUGGAACUUAUUCAUGCUGCAAUAGAGAAGAUUCGUGAGUUGUUGAAGAGCAUAGAAUCUUCACCGCCACGAAUUCAGAAUUUCAACUCAAUUGCAACUAAUAAGGGUCUUAAAGCAAAACGUGGCAUUUAUCUGGAUAUACCAAACAGAUGGAAUUCUACAUUUAGAAUGGUACGAGAAGCAUUAGAUUACAAGUCUGUACUUAGUACUUAUGCUGAACAAUAUCUUGAAGUUGCACCAAAUGAAGAAGAGUGGUCAAAAGCCGAAGCGAUAUGUGUAUUUCUCAAGGCUUUUGAAGAGGCCACAAAUCUUGUAUCAGCUGACCGAAAACCAACUUCGCACAAAUUCUUACCAUUAGUGCUUUCUAUUCGAUAUGCUUUGAAUGAUCCAGCAUGGCAAAAUAAUGAAGUUUUGGUAGAUUUGGCUGCUGCAAUGAAGGUUAAAUUUGCGAAAUAUUGGGAGCCUAAACCAGUGCCUAAUGAGUCUAGCCUCCGGAGAAGGAAAGAGUACGAUUUUAACAUUGUAAUUGUCAUUGCCACUAUCUUAGAUCCAAGAAGAAAGUUUGAUUAUGUGGAAUUCUUUUAUGAGAAAGUAUGCAGCAAUUUUGAUCAAGCUGAAAAAUGUACGAAAUCAGCACAAGAUUGGCUGAAGAAGUACUUCAAUGAGUAUGAACGACUUGCAAGGAGUGAUGGCUCAGCAUUUGUGUCAAGUUCAAGUGGAAGCACCUGUACUGUUGGUUCACCUGUGCUUGGGAAAAGGGUACUAGAAGAAGAAUUUGCUGAUUUCAAAUCUCGUCGUCGAGUUGUUCGUAGGCCAAAAUCAGAGAUUGACACAUAUUUGGAAGAGGAUCCUGCCGAGGAUAGUAAAAGAUUUGAUGUGUUGGGUUGGUGGAAGGCUCGUGCUAAUUAGUUUCCUGUCUUAUCAAAGAUGGCUAGGGACUUUCUUGCUAUCCCACUCAGCACUGUAUCAUCUGAAUCGGCUUUUAGUUGUGGCAAUAGGAUUCUUGGGGACACAAGAGGCUCGCUAACGCCACAGAUGUUGGAGGCUUUAGUUAGUGCAAAAGAUUGGCUCACUAUCCAAGAUAAAGAUAAGGAUAAGGACGAUGAAGGGAUCUUAAGUGAAGCUGUUGGGGUCGGUGCAGGGCAAAAUAUGCCACAUUUUGUAAGCAUGCUACAUUCUCAAGUAACUGAAGAGAGUACUAUGAACCAGAUGGACUGAAGUGUGCAACAUGUAGAGCAAUAUCUGAUUGCAGCUUCACUAUUCUUUUUCCAUUACUAUGAAUCAGACGGACUAUGUUGCGCCUCUUCUUAUUGCAGCUUCUUUUGCUGGAGCAUUGCGCCUCAUAAUUAACUUAGUUGCCUUAUGUAGAGUUUGCUGUCAUUCAGAAGAUAUUCAGCAUGGAUAAACCCAAUCAGGCUCCACCUCCAGACAUACAAUCACUCCAGUUCCUUAGCAGCAACCCUCAACUGGGGCACUAAACUACGGAUCAAGGCCAGUACACCAUUCCAGUCUGGGAUUUCCUGUGAUGUAUAAUAUGUGGCUUAUGCCAACGUAGCAGCGUAUUUAUCUGAAAUGGUUUAUUAUUGCUUUUAUGUUCUGAUUGUUUUAUCUCCAUAAUUAUCUGAAAAUGAGAGUGAUGUCACCUGGAGCUAAAUGUACAAUAGUCGCUGGAGCUAAAUGUUGUGAUAUCUCUAAAUUAUUUGGCAGCUCAUGAGAUCUUCUUGGGAUGAUUUGCUCUUUUGAUCUUGGACUGACCCAGUUGCUGGCUCCAGUCGUGACCUCUAGAGUCUAGACAUGUAACUCCACUCACUAGGCAAGCUGUUAGUAGCGAGCCAACAAACACAUUUCUUCAAUUGGUUCAGAGUUCAGACUGAAUCAGCUUCUUCCUGCUCUUCUGUCUUGCCUGCAAUGAGUAUUCAGGUUCAGGUUCCUUUCUUCAACUAGAAGAGGAGCGCUCCUGCACAAGCUUCAGAAGCAAAGUCGAUGGACCAUCGUUGGGCAAAAUUUGGCGCCAUCCUGUUGCUCAUUGUUGCAAAUGCAAAUUGCAGAUACUGUGACAGUAAUCAUUAUAUGGUUGAUAGAAAUGCCUAGCAAGAGAUGUCGACAAUAUGCAUUUUUUUUACUGUGCGGCCCGAACUCCCGCAUGGGCAUAUGGUUUGGUUCAAACCGUUAGCAACUUUAGUUUUGCCAUAUGGUUUGGUUUGGGUUGGGUUGCUUUUUGCUCCGGUUUGGAUUGGUUUGGGUUGGAGAAACAUAUUAGUAGGUUGAAAUUGGUUUGGGUUGAAUGCACCGUGGCAUUAGUUUGGGGUGGGUUUGAUUUCGGUUGUUGGCCCAUUAACAGGUUGACUUACAAACAAAUGUCAACUCUCACAAUAUUUUGCCUAAAUGUUUGCCGCUGAACAUGUUCUAUUUCUCUGCACGUAGGGGAGGAUAUCUCACAGUCCUUUAUCUUCCUUGACCCCAAAAGAUCGAUUGAAAACAAUUUUUGUACGCGUCAUUCGGAAAUGGGAAUUCAGAGUCCUCGAUCAUGAUGGGCCUCUGCAGCAUAUUGAUCUUAUCCUAGCGGAUAGCCAGGCUUUCAGUGUAUCCCCAUCCAUAUUCGUUACUCUGCAAGGCUCAAGCAUCCUUCGAACCUGCUGGCUAACAGGAAUUUUGCUGAAUCUGCAUGUGCUCAGGAAGAAGUAAAAUGAUGUGCGUUGGCGUCACAGAAAUGGAGGCCACGUAAUAGGCGUCUCGUAGUAUACUAUGUUAGCAUCAUUUCCCAACGUAUCCAAUGCUGCCGCCAAAUAUGGUCACCACCAGCUAAAAAAAACUCUAGCUAUUUGCUUCCGUAGCUCUCUUUCAUUGCAGCAAUACCUGGACUGUAUUAUAUUUAACCUUAAGUUGUACUAUUUCUACUGAUAUUAUUGCCUGCCUGCAACCCAUAAUUCCUGGAUA